GCCAACUGUUCGAUUCAACCGGGUUGCUAAGAGUGCAUUGUGCCGAUUUGAAGCGUCGCGAGCCGGUACUGACAACUAUUACAAAUGUGCUUUGUGUUCAAGUCUGCGGAAAUGGGUAUGUGAUGGCGUUAGUUUUAGACCUUUUGCUUUCGGAAGCGCUAUCGUCGGAAGAGCUACUGGAGUGGCUGACAAACCCGGAGUACAAUGCUACUAUUCCCGAACUACGCUCGCUCGAUUUGGAGAGGAAAGACUUUAUACGAGUUUUCAUCGACUUCAUUCGUGACCAGUGUCCGCUUAUCCAACAGACGCCGUCUCCCGCAAAGCUACGGCAGCAUACUUCGCCGCCCGCGAGUGUCGCAAACUGUGACAGCGUUCGUACCCUCAAGCAUGAAAGCGUACCUUGCGCGAGAUCACGAUUUGCGCCAGUUGGCCGUCGUCAGACUACUGUCAGGGUAGCCGGUGGUUGCAGCAAACCGUUGACGCUCCCGACAACUGCCGGCCAACUCGACCCAUCCCUUGUCGCUCGUAGUGAAAUUUCGGGCUCAGAAUGGGGGGCUACACCGUGCCGUAAUGACAGAAGCCUAGUUUCCAGGGGCGAACCAACACAGCCGACAGUUACUGUGCCCCAAAAUGCGCCCGACAUUGGCGACAGCACCGUAUUUCCAGCCGUCAACGCAAUUGUCGAACACACAAGGCCGAUCAGAAGAAUAACGCCAACGCCUGUAAAAUCGCAUUGGAGGAAGCUCACGCUGAGCGACUUCUUGCCUCCGGAGGUUUCUCACGAAAGUCAACGAAAGGAUAGCCAUCGAUCACCUAGGCAACCUCACAAAGAAUCCAAGGAGUUCGCAAAAUCCCAGUUCAAGAAAACGGAUGCGUUGCAGUUGCGCCUGAGCUCUGCAUCGCACACCGGCAGCCCUACGCAGCGUCGAAGUGGAAAGCAUCGGGCCGUACCAGAAUUUGCCGUCAUCGACAUUUCUGUGCAGUCUGCUGAAGAACUGCAAGUUGAAAAUUACAUUGUACCAGCUCCAGAUUGCAUUACUGAACGGGAAAAGCUUGAUGCUCUAGCUACUGUGUAUGCUGCGCUCUUAAAUAAGGGCCUUGUAGUGAACCUGACCAUUGAGCUUUUCUUCCUGCUGCAAUUGUUGACAGUGAAGCAAAAAGUUAAAUUUGAUGAAAAAUGUUCUACAAAACUCCUACAUUCGGUACACAACUGCACUCACUUUGCAGCUACUGUGUUACAGAAUAUUCUGCAGUGGCUUUGUUUCUUGGACAAGCCAACAUUAAAGCUGCUUUCAAAUGUCAAGCAGCUAACUACAUUUGCGCCACAGUUGUACUCAAGCCUUGUGAAGCUUGUGGAAGGUGUGGAGCCAGUUUCAAGAGGCUGGUCCUCCUCAAUUCAGGGUGUAGCUUUUGACAAUUCUACUGACAGCCAGAAGCAUUUUGCUUCUGACAGCAACUUCCGGGCAUUCAGGAAGCAAAGAGACCUCUUCUACAGCCUUUUUCGUGACUGGCAGCGACACCAGUUUGGCUCUGGCAAAAGCUUUGGUACCCAGUUUACACACAGGGUUACAGAGAUUCUUCAUAUGUGCAGUAAUCCAUGCAACUUGUCACACUUGGCUCGCCUUGUUCUUGGACAACUCAUGACGAGCUGCUGUGGAGGUCUAGAAUUUGAUGACCAAGGAAACCUCGAUGAGAAGUUUCUUUAUGACUUGAAAAGCACCUCCCCAGGAAAGAUGGAGAAGUUGGAAGAAAGAUUUCUGCUGCCUUUCAAAGUUGGAGGCCCCUGUCCAAACCCAUCAUUUACAGGCUCCCAAGUUUUCUUCUAUGAAUUUAUUAGGGCUGCCACAAAUUCCAUUUUUCUACAGCACUUUAAAGACCAGUGUGUAGCAAAAAUUGUCGAAUUUGAAAAAGAUAAUCCUUUUCAAAAUGCUGAGCAAGUACCAAGUGACGAUGUUAGGAGAGCCCUCAUCGCAGCAGUAUACAAGUUCAAGUUACUGGGUCUCUUUCUUGGUGUUGUAGAGUUUCUUCCAUAUAGCACCACUGAAAGCUUACCUAGGCAAUAUCAAGAUGCGCAACAGGCCAUCAGAAACCCUAAGCCUUUACCCCUAAACAUUACUGGCCUCAUCAAGGAAUCUGUACAGAACAAGCAGCUUGCUGCAACAUUGACAUGGGUUGUCAACUUCCUUAGCAUGAUGGAUCCUAUUGCAAGGACACUCACUGCUUACAAGGAUGUGCUAGGGUUGCUAUUUUCCAUUUACAGAUCAACUGCAUUGCUGCAGACUAGCAGUGCUGCAUUUUUUGCUAGGGUAUUGCUUGGCUGGUUGUUUGAGGUGCAGUCCAUUCAGUCUGAUGUUUUUGCACAUGCCUCAAAUGGCAUUCUUAGACAUGUUGAGUCACUGGGUAGCUUUGUUGAUGGCUCCAUUAUCUACAUGUGUUGCCCAUAUCUUCGUGAGUUGCGCUGCAUUCUGCUAGAGCAUCUUGCUGGCAGGAAAACAAAGUUCGGUGAAAUUCGCAAAAUCACUCCCAUUUCUGCAAAUGAAGGUGAUUUAAAGGUACAACUUGCAAAUCAACUUGAAGAAAACUUUUUCCAUAUUCACCCUCUGUCUGUGAGAAAAACUGUUGAAUUUGUUGCUGACAGAGUUUCUUCCAAUGUUGCAAAACGCUUGAAAAAGGAUGUGCAAGAUACCAUUGCCCGCUCAAGAGACAUUCUUAUGCAAAUGGACCUUGCAGCAUAUGAUGAAAAUGAAGAAACCAAGAACAUUGCCAAGAUUUUUCAGCAGAUGAGUGAGAAAACUGAAAAGGCAGCACUUGAGCAAUGUAGCAAGUGCAUCCAAAAUUUGCUACCUGCACUACUACCUCCUGACAUGGAAAAUCAGGCUGUGAGAAUGUGCUGCAGCUUGAGCACAAAGAGUGCAAUUUCUAAAGUACAGCAAUGGAUAAAGGCAAAUGUCACAGAGAAAGCUUUGAGGCAGGGACUAACUGCUGCAUCUAGCACAGCUAAUUUGGGACAGGACUUGUGCAGAGAGAAAAGUAGCAUAUCUCACUACACUGUCACAUCAGCCUCCGCUAUCCUGGAUAGCCUGCAGGACCACAUGCAACAAUUGCAAUCUGGGAAAGGAUGCACAACUGAGGAAGCCAUAGAGCUGCUAGGAUUGUGUGUGAAGUCUAUGCAUCUUCGAUUAGAGUGGUCACCAACUGCUAUUUCAACCUUGCAGCAAGCAUCUUUUGACUUUGUGCUGUGCCUUGCAAUUUGGUGUCCAGAUGUGUGCACGUGUGAUGUCUUUAAUGCUGCUCUGCCAUUGUGGGAAAACAGCUCUGCAGUCAAGAAGGCAUGCAAGAAACUCUACUGUGCCAGGAAUCUACAUCUAGCAUUGAUGAGUGUUGAUACCUAUAGCACAAUGUUGAAGUUUGGACAGCUAGCACAGAUUUUGUUGCACUUUGGCUUAAUGACUGUAGAAGACCUGGAAAAAAGCCGGAAGGAAGUGCUUGAUUUUGAACUGCCUGGUGUUGUUCUAGAACCAGCUGUGUGUGUGAUCAGCAGUGUUUUGGAACUUUGCAAUAUCAGUAACGACUGUGCAUCAGUAAGACCAGAUUAGCACCACUAGCGUUUAACAUUUAAUUCUGUAAAAGGCCUUUCAAAUCAUUGCUAGCAAUUGUACAUGUUGCAACAGUGAAGUGAUAUGAUGUGUGUUGUGCAUAUUCACAUGGGUAAAUAUUGAAAUCAUGAGAAUGAAAAGACUUUGAACAUUUUUAUCUUCUCUGCUGUAACUACUUUCCAAGUACAAAUAUUCAGCUGUACACAAUAGCCGAGAUAAAAUGAAUUUGGAA